GUCAAAAUUAAUCUUUCUAACAUUAUAUACGUAGUUAAAUCCCCUUCUCUUUGUCGCUAUUACUUUACAGUAUGCCUCAUCCAUCUUCUCUUCCAUAUAUGGUCAGCUUCACCAAUGCACUUAGACUUACAGAUCAAGAAAAUCCCUUCAAACCCAAGAACCUGCUGCCUGCAGCCAUUAUGAACAACCAGCACAUAACCAUCGAAAGAAUCGACACCCCAAACCCUGACGAAUUCCAAAGGUUUAGGGUCCACUUCUAUGAGACGCACCUUAUUCACGUCACCCUCACCUCUAAUCCCUUCGUCGUCUGUGGAUGGAUUGAAAAGAUUACCUGGUUCAAACGCAAACGUAUCCACGGUGACCGCAAGCUCGUCGUUGGCCUUGGCGUCCAGUGGUCUCCCUACUACAACUGUGCAGCCAUUCUCCAGCUCUGCGUUGGCCAUCGCUGCCUCGUCUUCCAACUCCAACAGGCGAACAUGGUGAUGCUCCCCCUCCGACGCUUUCUGUCCAACCACAGCAAUACCUUCGUCGGCUUCUUUAAGUAUAAGAAGCGACGCAUGCUCCUCAAUUCCGAGCACAAGCUUUUCGUCAGGAAUUUCGUUGAUAUUCGCGACUUGUCGGAGACCUUGGGGAGUAGGAAUGCGUCGUUGGAGCUGUUGGCAAAUAGUCUUUUCGGUUUCAAGGGCGUGAAAAAGUCGAGGACGAUUGAAAAAAGUAAUUGGAAUGAUGUUUUGCUUACAGAAGAACAGGUUAAGUACGCCAGCGUAGACGCUUUUCUCUCUUUCCGCAUUGGAAUGCAUUUCAAAGUGUGGGCCUGA